UUUUCUUCGUCCAGGGAGGGAGGGGAGAGCUGGUUGAAUUGAAAGCUUGAGUUAGAGGAGCAGGUUGGGCUACAGUCGCGAACGAAAAUUAGACCGGCGACCGACGGCUGUUCCUUUGGAAAUUUGUCGGGAAUCAACCGUUUAACAAUGUUAAUGUGAAGGAAAAAAGAUGAAGUAGUCAGGCCUAGACAUUUUGUCGGCUUCUCUCUCGUUUAGGGUAUUUAGAAAGGAGAGAGUUGAGUCCGGGAUACUGAUUGGAGUUGACAAGCCCGCUCCACUACUAGAUCCACUCUUCUUCCACCCCCCCACCUCUUUCCCAAACCAGGAAAUCGCCGAGGUGUGCUUCGCUCCUUCUCCCUAGAUAAUAAUUACCCCUUAGUGGGUAGAUAGAUGUGUAUCUUCUCAAUAUCGUCGUUUUUAUUUUCUUUUUUGCUUUGUAACUCCGUGCUCUCAUCUGAAGCCAAAACCCCAGCGGCCGAGAGGAUCUCCAUUCUCGCCUAACAAUGAGUGAGUCGAGCAUCUGUCAGGCGAGGGCCACGGUGAUGAUCUAUGACGAAGCCAAUAAGAAGUGGAUCCCGGCCGGCACGGGGCCCCAGGUCUUCAGCCGGGUCCAGAUCUACCACAACCCCACCACUAACGCCUUCAGAGUGGUAGGCCGCAAGAUGCAGACAGACCAGCAGGUGGUGAUAAACUGUCCGAUAGUGAAGGGGCUGAAAUACAACCAGGCCACGCCUAACUUCCAUCAGUGGCGGGAUAACCGGCAGGUGUGGGGACUCAACUUCGGCAGCAAGGAGGACGCUACACUCUUCGCAAACGGGAUGAUGCACGCACUGGAGAUGCUCAAUGCCAUGGCAGAACCAGGUUACUCUCCCCCCCUCCGUCGACUGUCAAAUGGACCAUCCCCAGAGGAAAUUGAACAGCAGCGGAGGUUGGAACAGCAGAAACUUGAGCAGCAGGAAAGAGAGAGACAAGAGAGAGAGAGACUGGACAGAGAACGACAAGCAGUGGCAGCUCCCCCUGCUCCUCUAUUGGCUCCCGGAGGCCCACCGGCACCACCCGCUCCUCCUCCCCCCCCAGGACCCCCUCCUCCAGCUGGGCCGCCACCUCCCCCAGGGCCCCCACCAAUGGGUGGGCCUCCACCAUCGGGAGGGCCCCCUCCAGCCCCACCACUGCCAGCCUCUGGAGGUGGGGGAGGAGGAGGUGGACUAGGAGGGGGCCUGGCAGCAGCCCUGGCCGGAGCUAAACUCCGCAAAGUGCCCAAGGAUGACGGUGGUGGUGGUGCUGCUGGUGCUGGUGCUGUUGCCAAGCCUGAUGCCAGCCGUAGCAGUGCCUCUCUGCCUUCCGGGGGAGGUGGCCUGAUGGGGGAGAUGAGCGCCAUAUUGGCACGAAGGCGAAAAGCAGCAGACAAGGGAGAGAAGGUCUCCGCAAGGCAAGAUGAGCCCAGUAAUGAUGACUCUGAAUUACCAGGCAACAGUGAACCCGUGAGAAGGCCUUGGGAGAAAUCUGCCACUAUGCCCAGGACUAGCACUACGCCUGUGGGGAAUGCGGACAAUGCCUCCUCCUCUGCCAGUAUGCCCAGAAUGAAGGCAGCAAACAACACAAAUGAGUCAGAGGGUGGUGAAGAGUCUGACAUGGAAAAACUUAAACAGGAGUUACUGGAAGAGGUGAGAAAGGAGCUGCAGAAAGUAAAGGAUGAGAUAAUUGGCGCGUUCAUUCAGGAGUUACAGAAGAGAGGGUCCACAUAGACUGUUUGCACAGUCACUCUUGUCUGAAUGAAUGGGAGAGAACAUCUUUCCCUCCUGUGUAGCCCAGGGAUUACUCUAUCUCUUACUUACACAUGUUCCGAGUCAUACAGGCUUACACACACACACACACACACACACACACACACACGCAU